UACGCGCUUUACACAUGCGCUACGGCCUUUUCCUUCUUCCUCCACUUCCACUGGCUUCCACCGUCCCGGGAGCCGCUGCUACCGCCGCGGAGGAGUCAGGAAGUUCAAGAUGGCCGCCGCAGAGACACAGUCGCUGCGGGAGCAGCCAGAGAUGGAAGAUGCUGAUAAUUCUGAAAAGAGUGUAAAUGAAGAAAAUGGAGAAGUAUCAGAAGACCAAUCUCAAAACAAACACAGUCGACACAAAAAAAAGAAACAUAAACACAGAAGUAAACAUAAGAAACAUAAACAUUCCUCAGAAGAUGACAAGGAUAAAAAACAUAAACAUAAGCAUAAACAUAAGAAACACAAAAGAAAAGAAAUUAUUGAUGCUUCUGACAAAGAAGGUAUGUCUCCAGCAAAAAGAACUAAACUUGAUGAUUUAGCUUUGCUAGAAGACUUGGAAAAGCAGCGAGCCUUGAUUAAAGCUGAACUAGAUAAUGAGUUAAUGGAGGGAAAGGUCCAAUCUGGGAUGGGGCUUAUUUUACAAGGUUAUGAAUCUGGCUCUGAAGAAGAAGGAGAGAUUCAUGAAAAGGCGAGAAAUGGAAAUAGGUCUAGUACUCGAUCUUCAAGUACAAAGGGGAAACUUGAACUUGUGGACAAUAAAAAUAGUACAAAAAAACGAAGUAAAAGCAGAUCCAAAGAACGGACUAGACAUAGGUCGGAUAAAAAGAAAAGUAAGGGUGGUAUUGAAAUAGUUAAAGAGAAAACAUCUAGGAGCAAAUCAAAAGAGAGGAAAAAGUCCAAAAGUCCAUCCAAAAGAAGUAAGUCUCAAGAUCAGGCAAGAAAAUCCAAGUCCCCUACCCUUCGACGGCGGUCUCAAGAGAAAAUUGGGAAGGCCAGAUCUCCUACUGACGAGAAGGUUAAAAUUGAAGAUAAAAGUAAGACGAAAGAUAGGAAAAAAUCCCCAGUUAUCAAUGAAAGUAGAAGUCGAGAUCGAGGUAAAAAAUCCAGAUCCCCAGUUGACUUCAGAGGUAAAUCCAAAGACAGAAGAUCACGGUCCAAAGAAAGAAAAUCAAAACGAUCUGAAACUGAUAAAGAAAAGAAGCCAAUUAAAUCUCCCUCUAAAGAUGCCUCCUCUGGGAAAGAAAAUAGAUCACCCAGUAGAAGACCUGGUCGUAGUCCUAAAAGAAGAAGUUUGUCUCCAAAACAACGUGAUAAAUCAAGAAGAAGUAGAUCUCCACUUCUAAAUGAGAGAAGAUCUAAGCAGAGCAAAUCACCUUCUCGAACUCUGUCUCCCGGAAGAAGAGCUAAGAGCCGAUCCUUGGAAAGAAAGCGGAGAGAACCAGAGAGGAGACGACUUUCUUCUCCAAGAACACGACCUCGAGAUGAUAUCCUCAGUAGAAGGGAAAGAUCAAAAGAUGCCAGCCCUAUCAAUAGGUGGUCUCCAACCCGAAGAAGAAGUAGAUCUCCCAUUAGAAGGAGGUCUCGUUCCCCACUAAGACGUAGCAGGUCUCCAAGAAGAAGAAGCAGGUCUCCUCGGAGAAGGGACAGAGGUCGGAGGAGUAGAUCACGCUUAAGAAGAAGGUCUCGAUCACGGGGUGGUCGUAGACGAAGGAGCAGAAGCAAAGUAAAGGAAGAUAAAUUUAAAGGAAGUCUUUCUGAAGGAAUGAAAGUUGAGCAAGAGUCUUCAUCUGAUGAUAACCUUGAAGAUUUUGAUGUGGAGGAAGAAGAUGAGGAAGCCCUAAUAGAACAGAGAAGAAUACAAAGGCAGGCAAUUGUUCAGAAAUAUAAAUAUCUUGCUGAAGAUAGCAAUAUGUCGGUGCCAUCUGAACCAAGCAGCCCCCAAAGCAGUACCAGAACACGGUCACCUUCUCCAGAUGACAUCCUAGAACGGGUAGCUGCUGAUGUUAAGGAGUAUGAACGAGAAAAUGUCGAUACGUUUGAGGCCUCAGUAAAAGCCAAGCAUAAUCUAAUGACAGUUGAACAGAAUAAUGGUUCAUCUCAAAAGAAGCUGUUAGCACCUGAUAUGUUUACAGAGUCUGAUGAUAUGUUUGCUGCAUAUUUUGAUAGUGCUCGUCUUCGUGCUGCUGGCAUUGGAAAAGAUUUCAAAGAGAAUCCCAACCUCAGAGAUAACUGGACGGAUGCAGAAGGCUAUUAUCGUGUGAACAUAGGUGAAGUCCUAGAUAAGCGUUAUAAUGUAUACGGCUACACUGGGCAAGGUGUAUUCAGCAAUGUUGUACGAGCCAGAGAUAAUGCAAGAGCCAACCAAGAAGUGGCUGUAAAGAUCAUCAGAAACAAUGAGCUCAUGCAAAAGACUGGUUUAAAAGAACUAGAGUUCUUGAAAAAACUUAAUGAUGCUGAUCCUGAUGACAAAUUUCAUUGUCUGCGACUCUUUAGACACUUUUAUCAUAAGCAACAUCUCUGUCUCGUAUUUGAGCCUCUCAGUAUGAAUUUACGAGAGGUAUUAAAAAAAUAUGGUAAGGAUGUUGGUCUUCAUAUUAAAGCUGUAAGAUCUUACAGUCAGCAGUUGUUCCUGGCAUUGAAACUCCUUAAGAGAUGCAAUAUCCUCCAUGCAGAUAUCAAACCAGACAAUAUCUUGGUUAAUGAAUCGAAAACUAUUUUAAAGCUUUGCGAUUUUGGGUCAGCUUCACACGUUGCGGAUAAUGACAUAACGCCUUACCUCGUCAGCAGAUUUUACCGUGCUCCUGAGAUUAGUAAGUUUUUUAAAAUGCUCCUGGACCUGGGCCAUUCGUAUGCGGUGGAAGCAGCGUACUUAAUAUCUAAGCACUGUUUUCCAUCACACUUUAGCAGCUGCACGAGUUCACUCAUGAGGAAGGGAACCAUAGCAAGUUCAUCCUCCUCAGGUGGAAUGAAGGUAGUUGUGACAGGAGUCUUGAUCAUGUCGAGCAAGAGUAGCAAACAGUUGUGGAAAAUCCUCGACUUUAGAAGACUGCUCUUGAUUAUUCAAGUUAUAGGUAAAAGCUAUGACUAUGGUAUUGAUAUGUGGUCUGUAGGUUGUACCUUAUAUGAACUCUAUACUGGAAAAAUUUUAUUUCCUGGCAAAACCAAUAAUCAUAUGUUGAAGCUCGCCAUGGAUCUCAAAGGAAAGAUGCCAAAUAAGAUGAUUCGCAAAGGUGUUUUUAAAGACCAACAUUUUGAUCAAAAUCUCAACUUCAUGUACACAGAGGUUGAUAAAGUAACAGAGAGGGAGAAAGUUACUGUCAUGAGCACCAUUAACCCAACUAAGGACCUGUUGGCUGACUUGAUUGGGUGCCAGCGACUUCCUGAAGACCAACGUAAAAAAGUACACCAGCUAAAGGACUUGUUGGACCAGAUCCUGAUGUUGGACCCAGCUAAACGAAUUAGCAUCAACCAGGCCCUACAGCAUGCAUUCAUCCAGGAAAAAAUUUAAACGAGAUGAAGAAACUCCAAGGGUUUGAGUAAUUAAAUACAAAGACUGAAGAAAUUUCACAGCAGUUUAUUAUUAAUGUAUAUAAACUUAUAAAUAUAUUUCUCCAGCAAAUUUGAGGAAGCAUGAUAUGAUAUAUUUGAAUUAACACCAAGGGUGAUAUUUCUUUUAGAAAUGUUAGUUAAUCUGUUUUGUGUCUUAUGUGAAAUUUCACUGUAGAACUGUUUUAAUUGCCAAGACUGCACAAAGUUACAGUGCUAAUGUACAUGGUUGCAGUUCACAUAAAAGACAAAAAGCAUCUGUUAUGAGUAGUAGUACUGGGUGGUUGAUUCGUUUUUUAGCAAACUUGGCUUCAUUUUGGUCUUCAGAUACAAUGGCCAGCAUAAAUGCUGUUUAUAUUCACGUUUUCCUAGGUGUGUGUGUGCAGGCCACAGCAGCAUGCCCUUGGUGUAGUCAGUGCCGAAGGGGGUCUGUUCCUUCUUGAGCCUGCCUGCAGGGAUGGUCUCCUCUUUUAAAGCAGGUUGUGUACAACAUUCAGUACACUGAAGGUAAGCUAAACCAUCAACAUCACUGGUGUUUUACGAUGUUAUUUUAUUGGAAUAAUUGACAAAUGAGGGAUAUUAGCUUUGUGGCAGAAUUCCCUGCAUGUGUGAUAACUGAUCUUGUUUUAUUUUUUGGCAUUGCAACUGUGGCAGUUACAAUUUCUGUUUUGUUCAUCACAUUUAAAAUUUGGAGAGUGUGCGCUUGAUGGAUAGAGCGCCUUCAGUGUACUGUUUCUUAUUAACUUUACUUUUCUAAAAAUCAACUUGCUAUAGACUUUCUAUACAUUUUGUUAAAUACAGUUCCUAGUGACAUAAAAACAAUGCGUAGUUUUCAUUUACUAAUUACAAAUGUUGAGGCCUGAUUCUGAAAGUCCUCAUAUUUAAAGGAUAGACAACAUAAUGAAAUUUUUAACUAUUUGUAUGUCAUUUUGAAAGUGUACUGCUUUAUGGUAAAAGUGUUUUUCAUUUGUUCAUUGUUUUCAUUGUGAUCAUGUUGUCUUUCAAUACAGGCAUAAACCUUCCACUCUUGAACAAAGCAGCUGCUUUUUAAAAGCGGUAAUUGCUUCUUUACCUUUUAUUUCUUUUGUAAAAAAAAAAAAAGCUUUUCUUUAAAAAUGUGACUUUAAAGUGUUGUCUAUUGCAAAAAAACAAAAACAAAAACAGUUGACACUCACUUAUUGUAAAGUGAAGAUUGUUCUACUGCAUGUGAAGUGGACCAUGCAGAUUUCUGUAUGUUCUCAGUAUGCAUCACUAGAUAAUAAAGUCUUUUGUGAACAAGGCAUUCGUAGCCAUUUUUAAAAGUUUUUGUCUUCAGUGCUGGUAAGUCAGGUAAACUGUAAAUAGUUAAAAGCAACCUUUGUUUUUCUCCUGAAAGUAAUUGAAAGUAUUAUUUGUUAAAGAUGUAAAGCUGGCCAAAGUUUAUCAUUGUAUUGAUAAUUAGGGUCCUAUACUUAUUUCAUCAAAAACAAGAUCCUACAGAUAUUGUCAGCUUUCAGUUUAGUGAGAUUAUUCCUGUAGGUUGUGGGUUAUAAUUCAGGAUUUAACUAAUGUUUCUGCUAUUUUCUCACUUUUCCUUUUGAUGGUGCGGAAAGAGGAAAAGGAAAACGGGGCACAGGCCAUUCGACGCCUUCUCCAAGGGGUCUGAUUUGCUGAGACACCAGCUCCACCUUCUUAACAAGGCACCUAAUUACAACAAGCAUGCACAUUUUGGUGCAUUCAAGAAUGGAAAAUCAGAAUAGCAGCAUUCUCCUGGUGGGUUUUGCUCCAUUUAAAGACAUGAAAUGAACUACACAGCCAGGAAGGUGAUAGAUGAUAUAAUAAGCCACCUGAACCUACACCCCGUCUCUUCACGGUUUAGACUUACUAAAAUAAAUACAAGGUGAUUGUCAUCUGCAGGUAGAGUGAAGCCUUUUAAAUAAGGCAUCACACGUGCAGCUUCUCCACCUUAAUUACGUGGAUAGUGAUUUUCCCACCAUUACUUUAUUUUGGUGAUAAUAUGCUGCAUAUUCAAGUCUUGUAGUUAUUUUCACUCAAAAUAGUUAACAUUUUGAUGCUUCUGAUGAUAUUCGUGGCUUCAUUUUAUAUAAUUAUUUAAUAAGUAAGUUCUACUAGAAACAAUUCAUGCCUUCAAAACUACUACUUAUUCUUUAAAAAACAAAGUUGCUUGUUACUUGUUCUUUGUGUUUUAGGUGCAGCUCAGUGGAAGAUGAUGACAACCAGAAGACAUGAGCUAAGGUUUCUGUCCUAUAAAAGAUUAAAAAACAAAACAAAACAAAACAAAAUCUCCAUUUUUGUCUAAUUUUUUAGUUUUCAGCAUUAUGAUUUGGGUUUCAUUGGUGUUUGGUAUUUAGAGUAGUAGUGCUGUUGUGGUGUUCAUUUGUAAAGUGCGUGUUUUAUCAUGCUUCCUGCCACUCCCUGCCUUCCCUCUCCUCUAAGUAAAAGUAGUGGUUAACUUCAGUGGUAUAAAAGGCUCUUGGGUAUGAGAUCCCAUAUAGCACAUGGUUGUUAAAAUUGGAUCCAAAAGAUUAUUAGAAAAACAGCAGCUUCCAAAGUAGCACACAUCUAAAGGUACCGUUAGCUUUAGGCAAGUGUUCAAUUCUAAUAAACUGUUCUCUUACUUAACCUUUAGUAACUUUGUUUUUAACAAGACGUGGUCUUAAUAUGGACAAAAUAUUCAGAGCCACUGUCAACUUUUCUUAGGGGAAAUAAGAAAGGUGAUGUUGUAAUUUUUCAUACUCCCAAAUUUAGCAUUCUGUUUGAAAGAAAUCCUGUAUACUGCCUUGAACACACAUACAUGAUUUGAUUUAGUAAUUUUGAUGAGGCAGAAAUGUGGAACUUGAUGAGACAUUUGUUAGAUUGGGGUCAUUUAGUGAAUGCCUACUUAGCAAACCUGCUAUAUAGUUUAGCUAUAUAGUUUCCAAAUGUAAUUAUCUGUCAUAAGUUUUGGCUUUUAUAUACUUUAUGGCUAAAGAGAUUGUCAGGUGAUUUUCAUACUUGACCGUUCAUGAAAGUCUUAAGCAUAGUUCUUAGAGAUGUAGUUUUUUUCUAGGGCUUGUGAAAUGGUAUAGAACCAGGGUAGAUUUUGUUCUCAGUGGCCAUCAGAAAUGAGCUGGUUUUGAACAGGGGAAGUAUCUUGUCAUAAAUAACAUCCUCCUGAUAUUUUUAUUUACUCUUACAUCCUUAUUAAUAACAUCCUGUGGGCUGGGGAAUGUAGCUCAGUGGUAGAGUGCUUACAUGCACAAGGGCCUGGAUUCUAUCCCUAGCACUGCCAAAAAAUAACAACAUCCUAUUUCUUCAUUCCCCAAUGGCUAUCUCAUUUCACUCUACUUUCUCUCCUAUUUUUGUGUCUUAAGAUAAUGUAAUUUUGAUCUUGCCAUUGUGAUUAUUCCUUUUUUCUAACAAAAAUACUCAGGUCAAAAUAAAUGUUUAUGGUGUGUGGUGGAGCUAGUGAAAUGUAAUGUUCUCUUAGCUUUGUUCCAGAUUUGCAUUCCUCCUAUUCUGCUUUUAUGUGUACUUUAUCAUCAUUCAUGAGCAGAAUUGUAGCUGUGUAGAUAGAAAUAUACUCUAUUGAGACAUAGGAAUCACAUGUAUUAAAACUUAGGUUAAACUUUAGGGAAUGACCUUUUAAAUGCUGGAGAUAAGAAACCAUAGUCAAAUAUGUAAUCUCUCUGUUAUCAUGACACCGUUAACAAUUUGGCUCCAUGAGUAUGUGUCUUAAUAGUAUCCUAGUGCCAGCAUAUAUUCAGCGUGAAUUUUACCAUUCUCCUACAUGGAAUGUCCUUAAAGAAAUGUUCACAGCAGAUUCAUUUCCUUUUUUUACAUGUCAAUGAUGUAUAUUAAAUUGACUUUAAAAUGUUUUUUCAGUUAUUUUGAGAUACUGUGGCAUCCUUACGUUUUCUUCUCCUUCUGUAUAUAGGGUAAGGGACUGUUCUUCUGAAGAACCUUUCCAUUUAGUGGUCAAGAUAUUGAAGCUGAUCUCUGAAAAUUCUCAGUGUGUAUCCUAAUCGUUUGUGGUAUCAUUUGAAUUGUAACUUGCAUUUUAGCAGCACAUGUUCCCAACCGACUUACUGGAAGCUUAAUAAAGUACUCCUCUUGGUGACAUAUUGUCUGCUGAUUUUUAUUUCUUUUGAGUGUGACAUUUUGCAUUUAGUUUUAUGUUUCACUAAUGUAACAUGUGCUUUGACCACCUCAGAGAGAGCUUUUUUUUCUCCCCUGCCUUGCUAAGGAUCAAACCCAGGCCCUUGCACAUGCUGGGCAAGUGCCCUACCACUGAGUUACACCCCCAGGCCUCCAGUAGAUGUGCUUUGGAAAGUAUUCUGGGCUCAGAUGUGGUUAGGACUGGCAGGUUAAAGUUAAGUGGGAGUCUUUACCGAGAAAGCUCUCAGAAGGACCCUCAGUGGUAGGGAGAGUAUGGAGGGAAGUGUCCCAAACUACUGAGCUCAGUGUACUUUCAGUUAAAUCUACAGCUUGGAAACAGCCUGUUGAAUAUGACUUACUCACAAGCAUCAACAUGUUUUCAAAGCAUUAAGUGUAGAACACCAAACAGUGGUACAUUCAUGUUUCUAUUAACAUUCCUGCUUUGAUUGUUCUACUAAAUGAAAAAUGUGUUUAACUCUCUUCUCUACAAGUAAAUGGUUCAUUGCCCAUAUGGAAAUCUGACCCUUUGGGCUCUUACCCUCAGUCUGCCCUCUCUUUAAGGAAUUGUUUUUCAGUUUUUAAGACAACAAAGUAAGGGACUGAGAAGUGUAAGUCUCCAGUGUAUAGGAAGCAAGAUUAGAGGGAAGAUGGAAGGUACAAAUAUCUGGCCUUGUGGAAUGUGCCCACCCCAGCCAGGUGGCAGGUAGAGGACAAUCUGGUUGAAUUCUGGCUUUGUAAGACAUUGGUCAGAUGACUGGCAGAGGCUCUGGGUAUCCUUGUCAAGACCCCCUGCCCAUUCUAAUUUUCUGCUAAGGUUCC